AUGGCGGCCCGAGGGAGACGGGCGGAGCCUGCGGGCCGGGAGCCGUCGGGCCCCGCGGGCGGCGGCGCUGGCGGGGGAGGCGGGAGCCGGUGGCCCGGGCCAGGCGGCGCUGGGGCCGAGUCCGGGGCGGGCUCGGGAGCCGGGGAGGAGGAGGAGGACGCGACAGCGGCGUCGGGCCCGGCCUCGGGGGGCGUGAACCUGUUCGCCAACGACGGCAGCUUCCUGGAGCUGUUCAAGCGGAAGAUGGAGGAGGAGGAGGAGCGGCGGCGGCAGCGGCAGCAGCAGCAGAGUCCAGAUGAGCCGCCGCCGCCCCCGGGGGCCGCCGCCGCCCCGACUCCCGCCGGCGGCGGCGAGCCGAAGAAGAGGAGCGGGCCCGGCCCGGCGGCGCUCAGCUUCGUGGGCAAGCGGAGAGGCGGGAACAAGCUAGCCCUCAAGACAGGAAUAGUAGCCAAGAAGCAGAAGACCGAGGAUGAGGUUAUGACAAGUAAAGGAGAUGCUUGGGCCAAGUACAUGGCGGAAGUGAAAAAAUACAAGGCACAUCAGUGCAGUGAUGAUGACAAAACCCGGCCCCUGGUGAAAUAACUCUUUCCGCCAAGGACUUUCUGCAUUGUACAUACUUAUUUAACGCAGCAAAAGAACAAUAGCAUUUUCACCAAGGACUCAAACACAGAAGACAAACUUGUAGCUUUCUGGCGCCAGCGGAUGAUUCUUCAAGAUUUUUUAUACCUUGAGCACUUGACUUCUGAGACUUAUUAGUACGUGGUUUACUGUUUCUCUUGAUCUUUUUUUCCUCCCCACCACUCUCCCCUCCGAUCCUUCAUCCCUCCCUCUCUAUCUUCCCCAUCACUUCUGGGAAGUAAAGAACUCAACUAAAUAGCUGGAGGAUUUUUGUUUCUUUUCUUUUCUUUCUUUUUUUUUUUUAAUUAAAAAGACAGGCUAGGAAAUUGAGAAUGACUUCACCCUGAAUUAUAUCCAGGGCCUGUGUUGGUGCUGCCAUCUUUUCUAGGGGCCCCUCUGGUUUGGUAGACUCCUGGUACCUUUUGGAAAACCAUCUCUGCCCCCCUGGAUGGUAAGGGCUUGUCAGAAAAAAAAACAAAAACAAAAAAAACCCAACCUCCUUUCUGGAGAUAGUGCUAGUGGGUUUUGCUGGGGCUCUUAGCAGCCUGGCUCCUGCCCUGUAAUGUAUUUGGGCUAUGGUGAUUUGGGUGGGGCUGGCAGGUGGCACUGGACAUUGGAGUUCAGUGUCGUUUGAUGUGUGUUAUUUUUUCUCUAGAUUGACUUCUUUCCUCCGCCCAAGUCCCCUGUGAAAUUUAUUUCAUGCCCCUAGCUAUUUCCCCCAAGUCUUCUACUUUCCCCUCUCCCCAGAUGUCCAUAACUCCCCUCUCUAAGGUCCCUUUGAAUCACUAUGACCCUCAAAGGGAGUAACAUCAUCAGACUUCUUUUAUAACUGGUUGGCCUGCCAUGAGGCCAGCAUCUGUGCCAAUUCCCUCACCUUCAGGCCAAGCAAGACUCUUCUAAAACUUGAUUUUAAAAAACCACUUAGUGUCCACACGUCCUAAAUCCAAGUGCCCAUGUCUCCCUCAGUCCCUCCCUACCCCUAAAUACCUACUCCAAAACCUAAACUUCUGGCUUGCCCCAUUACAUCCCUUUCAUAAAUGUGAUGUUUUUUUGAGUAUGUGUUUUCCUCUGAAGGCGCUUAUCUAAGGCCAUGCUUCAGGGACACCUCAAAUUUAACUUUGAUUUUUGCCUUUAUUAUAAUUGUCCCCUUCAGCCUGUAUUUAGGUGCCUGGGGAGGUGUGGUGGGGCAAGUGUUUCCUGUGUGUUGUGUCGGGAAAAUUGAAGGGACAAUUCCUUUGACCCAGUAUGUGUCUCUUGCCCCUUGGCUUAGGGAAAGUGAACCUGACUGGGGAGUGAAGACUGUCCCUUGCCUCUGAAUGAUGUUUUCUGUCUGAUCCCAGUUUGAUGUCUUAGGUAGCCUUGGGGGCAAGUUUCCCCCCUGAAGGCUGGUUGGGGCUUUUGCUCCUUGUGCUUUCCCUUUUCUUCCUAAAAGGCCUCUUCUUCCCGCCCGCCCCCCCCCCCCCAGUAGCAUGGAUGGUGCUUGUCCCUGGACAGUGAGGUAAUGCUUCAGGAUGCAGGGGGGUGGUAAUGGUGUAGUUCCUGCUGUCCUGUGGUGCUGCUCUUGUCUGAACUUAGAGCAGCCACUGGUCAUUUUUCCUCCUUCUGGCUCCCUUUCUCCACCCCCACACACAUCCCUUUGUGUGGCCCCUUUACCCUUCCUCAAGGAAUUAAUGUUAAAAAAUGCUGACUUUAAAUGAAAAUAAAAAAAGUGAUCUAA